AUGAGCACAUUUCGAAUGGCUCAAGCUCGCAUCACUGGUAGGAAGUCCAAUAAGGACAAAAGUUUCUCGUCCAAAGGUAAGAUAGAGAAAUAUAAUCAAGAUGGCACUGAAACAAUUAUUGUGAUGGGUCGGCCAUUUCGUGUGCUACAAAACAUUGGUGCCAGUGAGAAUCAUAUCUCAAGUCAUAAGGAACGAGAUCACAAGUUUGCUAAGCAUCUUCGUUCCUUUGUGUUCCUUGUAGAGAACACGGAGAAUUUAUCUGAAUUUCCGCGUCAUUUUGCUUUGAAACGGUCCUUCUUUAAUGUCAACGAGGUGUUACUGGCGCAUAGGGAACCGGAGGUGCUCGCACGUGUGAGUGACAAGAAUAUCGUGCGGGUGUUUCACACAGAGGUGACACGAAGUGAUGGCAAACUGGGCGUUACAGUCGCAAUGGAGUACUGCAGCAACAAUUUAUACCGCCAACUUCGUCCUGAUACCCGAGUGCCGGAGGGGGAGAUUGUGCAGGUGCUUUUGGGCAUCACAAGCGCCGUGGGGUACCUGCACUCACGUCAACCACCUAUUGCUCAUCGUGAUAUUUGCCCGGAGAAUAUUUUGAUUCAUUCCGGCUCAACAGGGGCCGCAUCCUACCGUCUAUGCAACUUUAGUUCCGCAACGACGGAGGCGUACCACUGCGCCAACCGUGAAGAGGUGGCGAUGGCGGUGGAAGACAUUGAGCGCAACACGUCGCCGGGGUAUCGUGCACCCGAGAUGGCAGACCCGGGCAGCGGUAAACGCAUUGAUGAACGUGUGGAUCUUUGGUCCAUUGGUGUGUUGCUGUACUACAUGAUGUAUCUUCGACUCCCCUUUGGGGAGACAAACAUGGGUCUGACCGGACGGCUUAAACUACGAUUUCCUGCGGGAACAGAAAUGUGGUAUACCGGAUCUUUGCGUGUGGUCCUGGCGCACCUGCUUGAGCCGGAUCCGGACAAGCGGUGGGACAUAUUUGCCCUGACAAAUUUCUUGCGCUUUGACGAUGAAAUCGGCAAACACAUUGGGACCUUCUUUUUUGCCCAGACAGAGUGGCCAGACGGGUGGGAACAGCAGGAUGUCAAGGUGGUUAACCGCCAGGUACCUCGCAAGGCACCGCCCAUACGUGUGAACACCCCGAAGCAUGCGGACAACACCAAAAAUGCUACAGAUGCCGGCACGAAAAAUCGAAUGCAGGCCUCCUCAGAGAUGGAAAGGGGAUCCUCGAUGGGCGGUGACGUGGGGGAGUUGGACGCGGCGGCACUCGCGGCAUUAGGCCUGGAUGGCGACAGCAAAGACCCUGAGAUGCGGAAGUACUAUAAAAUGCUCAUUCAGGAGCAAGAGGAUGCCUGGAGAAUGGCGAAGUCCGCCAGCCAAGCCUCUGCAAAAAAUAAAAGUGGGGAUACCACAAAUGUAAACAAUCGCCAAGCUCAAGAGACGAGGGAAGAGAAACAACGAGAAGAGGAGCCGCCAAAGCAGAUACAGGAUAAUCCACCGAAUGACAAUACGCCUAAUCUAUUUGAUGAUUUAUUUGCUCCGUCUCCGGCAGCUCAAGCUUCAUCCGGUAGCCUCCAGGCCCCUUCUCAGCCAACCGUGUCACGGAAUCCGGUAACGGGUGGACAAAAUUGGCCGGACUCGCUUUUCAGCGGCGUGCCACCGUCACAACCGUUGUCGCAGCAACAGCCACCACUGCACGCACAAAAUUCGUAUGACAUGAUGAUGGACAGCGGCUGGGGAACCGGGGCACCGACAAUGGCACCGGUUGGUGGUGCGUAUGAUGUUGGAGCGAUGUACGCUGGAACACAGAUGGCUACGGCGCCAACGUUCUCCAUGCCCCCACACCCACCCCUACAACAGAUCACUCCCUCAUGGGGAAUUAGCGCACCUCCUGGGCCACAGUCAACACCUAUGCAACAACAACAACAACAACAGCCUUUUAAUCAUCAGACCACAAUGGACUUUGCACAAGGAAGCCUCCCAACAGCAGUCCCGGCUGAGCCGAAGCCGGAGGCAAAGAAAGAUCCCUUUGCGGAUCUCUUCUUGUAG